AUGUGCUUCGAGUUCAGCUCCUGUUUCGGCGGCGGCAGGACGGACGACUACGGCGGCGAGCGGUCCAGCCAUGGCAGCUGCGGCGGCCGUCGCCGCGGCCGCAGGGGGUACGGCGAGAACAGGAGCGGCUACAACGCCACCGCCGCCGACCACAAGCCGGACGCGGCCUACGACCACCAGCGGGCUCUUGAUGAGCAGGGGCACAAGGCCCACCAUGACGUCGCGGGGAAACCUGACCACGCCGCCGUGGUCGCCGGCGCCGGUGGCCACGGCUAUUACGCCGCCUACGCACCAGACAAGGCCCAUGACGCACCGAAGCUUCCUGCGUGGCACAACAAGGUUGUCGACGACGCCGGCUACGCCUACAACACGGCGCGCCUCCGCCAUCAGGCUGCUCCUGAUCAUAGGGAGCAUGCGCACGCCGCCAUGGAUUACCACCACUACCCAAGCACUACUACCACUCUUGUAAGGUACUAG